AUGAGAGAUCUUAGGAUCACAAAACUAGAAAGUGAACUCAUUGAGUAUGUUUGCCAUUUAGGUGCAUCGUUGCUAUUGCAUGAACUGUCUCGAAUUCGUUCGUCAACGAAUUGCUCGUGCCAACCUCAAGAUGCCGCAGUCUAUGGAAAGUGUCCAUCAAAACAUGAUCAUGGAUAUACGAUCUCAGUUGCCAUAUUAAAAUCUUUACGGAUGGAUGCACAUCAAACGUUAGUUUUGGUUUUGAACCGGCACUUGAAGGGAAUUUGCAGAGAUAAAGAAAGUCGGCUGGAAGCGAUCGGUAAAUUUGCUGAUGCGCUUCGAGCGCGAUUGAAACGUUCACAUUGCGAGGACGACGCUCUGAUAGCAGUAUCGGUUGAUGAUCGAGCGAUUUGGACGUCAGUUGGCAAAGUUGCAAGGCGCAUACUCGGUCCAGAAGUUGUGAGCAGUGUGAGUCGACGUGCAGAAUCGUUGUUUACNUCUGGUAACUAUACCGAGGGUCUCUUCUAUAUGAUACAAAUGUACGGUCAGGCACUGCGAGGCGAGAUCAUGAAUUUGGAAUCUGUCCAUAGAUCUGUCUUACCGAUACCUUUAUGGGCUCUAAUCAUAAUCAGUAUUUGCGCAAUAAUAGUGCUCAUCAUGAUCACUUCAUUGUUAGUUUACUAUUGUUGUAUUCGGAAAUCCGAAAAGUAUACACUUGGUACCAGAGUGUAA